AUCAUCAACAGCAGCAGUAGAUAGGUGUAUAGGUGGGAGUUGAGCAAGAGUUGAAGGCAAGAUGAGCUCGCACGGAAGUUGUCAUAAUGUUCCUACUGACCAGUCGAGAGGAGUGGGGGCGGUUGAUGCAAGACCGCCAGUAUUAGAUUAUGCAAAGAUGAAGAGUUUGGGUGGUAGGGACUUUAAAGGAGAUGUGAGUCCGGAUGCUGUGGUAGAGUGGUUGAGGGAGAUGGAAGAUGUGUUUGAGUAUCUUUAUGCGACCCCAGAGGAAAAAGUACAAUAUGUUGUUUUUCUCCUAAAGGGGUACGCGAGGAGC